AGCAUGCGCACAACGGACCGAACACCCUUGGCCCUCCCCACAAGAUUCCCAGUCCAACCUCGUGUGGUGAAACGUUUGACGACUUUUCGUUCGCAGUUCUUCAAGUUUGUGGAGUUUGGCACCUCUACGUGAAAUCUUCAAAGAUGAUGGCAACAACGUCAGACCAGGCAGCAGCGCCUCCUGCCGAGAACUAUCUGUUCUGUAGCGGCGGGCAGCUGAGGAUCAUGGAGAUCAGGGAGGCUGCCAGUCCGGCGGAGAGACAGAAGUGGGAACACUCCCCGCCCAUUCCGCACACGAUGACGAAGGAAGAAUCCAGCCACCCGGUCAUGUUUGAGGCUCUGGAGAAGAUCACUAAGGAGAACAUGAAGGAGGACAUCAUCACUGAAGCUCGGCUGGACUGGUUUACUGACGCAGAGCUUCCCGAGGACCAGCAGGCCCUGUAUAUGGGCCCGGAGGCGUGUCUGGGGCUCCCCUUCACGGCUCAGGUCUGGCUGCCGGACGAUUCCACCGUCACGGUGAAGGUCACCGGGAUCAUCGACGGGCAGGACGGCGUGGAGAGGCCGGGGACAGGCUGCGGUUUCCAAGUUGAGUACAUGGACCAUGAGCUGAUGCUGCCUGUUGAUGACUUCGUGAACGAGCUGGCCAAUCCUGAUGACGUGGACGAGGCGUGGCUGAGCAGCCCGGCCGCCGUACCCGCUAAGGUGUUUGCCAUUGUCCGUGAUUUCUAUGACAACGCCGUCUUCACAGAAGGGAACAUUUUCUUCAGCAUCUGGGAUGACGUCAGGUAUCGGGUAUCCGACGUUGGUCAGAAGAAAGAGAUGAAAAAGUGCCAACAGGCCGUGAAUAAGGAAUUCCUGAACAACCCUCCGGCUAUCAAGAAGAUCCGGUCCUUCCCCAAGAUGGAUUCUGAGGACAGGAUGAACUGUGUCAUACUGCCCUUCCCUCUGUGUCAGAUGUCCUUGGCGCUCCACACCUACCUGUCCACUGUGGCCAAGUUUCCUCUGGACCUCAAGCUGAAGAACGGGGGAGGGGUUGUCAGGGCAACGGGCAUAGUUCCAUAUAAGGCAAACAACUUGUUCCAGGAAUCCAGGGGUAUAUACGUCACUGUGGACAUUCCAACAGCGCAGACAGAAGCGCCGCCUACCAAGAAGCGUAAGAACAGCAGCAGAGCGCGGGUGGUGGCGCUGAGUGUUCACGGCGUGGAGGCGUGCGAGUCGACCCCUGACCCCGUGCGGAGGUUCCUAGAUGACAUAGCUGAGUUGAUGGAGGGAGAGGACGGCUUGUGUGUGCUGAAAAGUCGCUUCCAGGCCGUACACUGUCUGCUACCGAGGAACAAGAGGAAGGGCGGGCGGAGGUAUAAGUUCGUGAAGCGGACAGAGCUCAUCAACCGUGACUACCUCAAGGAACUCGCCGGGAACUAUUAAAGGUCUUAAAGGGGGGACAGACACCAGGAAACAGUGGUCUCAGUAGCCUUCACCAGGCUCCUUAGGUCACUUGAAAAAAGUUGAAGUUUGCGAAACAGAGGGAUAACAUGGAGAAGGAGUUAGCUGGCCGAGGGACUCCUUUCUUUCUCGAAUUCUUCAUUGAUGUUCAACGUAGCAGACAUACACAAGUUGACAGCCUAAAUGGCGUUGUGAUUU